AUGGCAGACACAGAGGCGGACUUUAUCGCUUUCGACAACGAGGCCGGAUCCUCGGCCCCCGCCACGCCGGCCGGUAAGCCCAAGCGCCAGUCCAAGUCCGAGGCGAACGCGACGCUCUUCGUGAGCUCUCUCCCUUACAACGCUACGAGCACCGACCUGGUUACGCACUUCUCGUUCAUCGGACCGAUUCGCCAUGGCUUCGUCGCGACAGACAAGGAGACGGGCAAGUCCAAAGGUGUUGGAUACGUUACGUAUGCCAUGCGCGAGGACGCAGAGCGUGCCCUCGCCGAGCUCGACGGCGGUGCGUUCGGCGACAAGGGAAGGAAGAUCAGGGUGUCCUGGGCCGACAAGAAGUCCCGCGGAGCCGCUCCUGGACGUGAGAUGGCGGCUGUCGAGCGACCGAAGAAGACAGCCCGCGUAACGGCCGACGACAGCGCAAGCAGCGACCCGAAUGCGAUCCGAACGCUCAUCGUGACCGGCCUUCCGGGCGACCUGACCAAGGCGGUGCUGUGGAAGAAGAUCCGCAAGGUGAACGCCAAGGCGGAGCUCGAGUACCCCAUUGAGGGCGAGGCGGACACUGCCAACGUCGUCUUCCCUACGCACGGCGACGCCGUCAAGGUCGUCUCCAAGCUUCACGGACAUGUGUACAAGGGUUCUCUCCUCUCUGCCGUGCUGAAGAAGCGCGCCGAGAAGCUCUCGUCCAAGGGCGAGGGCGCGGUCUCGCACGCCGGCCGCCUGAUCGUCCGCAACCUCGCGUGGGAGACGACCGAGGCCGACCUGCGCGCAACCUUCCUCCCCUUUGGCCCCAUUGUCAGCAUCGACCUGCCCACCGCCCCGUCAAAGCUCCCCAACGCCCCGCCGCGUGCGCGUGGUUUCGCCUUUGUCUGGUUCAUGGUCAAGAAGGACGCCGAGCGCGCCAUGGCCGCCAUCAACGGGCAGCCGAUCAAGCGCGCGCACGACGCGGGAGUGGCCAAGGGCAAGGCGGGCCGGUUGGCCAAGAAGGCGACCGAGACGCUCGGCGAUGGCCGACCCGUUGCCGUUGACUGGGCGCUGAGCAAGGAUAAAUGGGACAAGACGCAGAGCAAGGAGGAGACGGAGGAGAAGAAGGAGCCCGAGGACGCCGGAAACGUCACCGACAGUGACUCGGACAGCGGAAGUUCGUCGGGAAGCGACAGCGGCUCUGACAGCGGGUCGGACUCUGAGUCUGACGAAGAGGAGGAGGAGGAAGAGGGCGACAUCAGCAUGGCCGACGCCGAGGCCGCCGAGGCUGCCGAGUCGGAUACGCCGUCUGGCUCUGACGCUGACGAAGACGAGGAGGCGUCCGACGAGGAGGACGAGCCCGUCAAGCCCUCUCUGCCGAGCACGGAUGUGGGCGCGACCGUCUUCGUGCGCAACCUUCCCUUCGAAGCAACAGAGGGGGAGCUGGGGCAGCUGUUCCGCGCCUUCGGCCCGAUCCGCUACGCGCGCAUCACAAUGGACCGAGCGACGGGCCGGUCGCGCGGCACGGGCUUCGUCUGUUUCUGGAACCCGGAGCACGCCGACAGCGCGAUCAAGGAGGCGGAGCGAGUUGCGCGCGAGACGGGCGCGAACGCAAUGCCGCUCGGCGAGAAGAAGAACCCCUUCGCGCUCCCCUCGGUGCUGCAGGCGGGACCCUCGGCGCAGCUCGCGUCCAAGCUCGUGCUGCAUGGACGCACGCUUGCCGUGUCGCGCGCCGUGACGCGCGAACAGGCGUCCAACCUCAAGGAAGACGCCGAGCGCGCCCGCGAAAAGGGCGACAAGAGGAACACGUACCUGAUGCGCGAGGGCGUGGUGUUCCCCAACUCGCCUGCUGCCGCGUCCAUGCCGCCGGCAGAGGUUGAGCGGCGGCAAGCAGCCUUUGGCGCGCGCAAGGCGCUCCUCCGCUCCAACCCCGCGCUGUACAUCUCCAAGACGCGUCUGUCUGUGCGCCAGAUCCCGCUCUUCGUGACGGACCGCGGGCUGAAGCGGCUCGCGAUCCACGCCGUGCGCGCGUUCGACGACGAGGUCAAGGCCGGCGUUCGCGAGGGCCUGGCCCGCCACGAGGAGGCGGACGACACGCUCUCCGCCGCGCUCGAGGGACGGAGCAAGAAACGCGGCGAGCGCCAGACCGCCGUCGUGCAGAGCAAGAUCGUGCGGAGUGCCGAGAAGCCCGACCCCGUGACUGGCUCAGGCCGGUCGAGGGGGUACGGCUUCCUGGAGCUGCGCUCGCACAAGGAUGCGCUGAAAGUGCUCCGGUGGGCGAACAACAAUGCCGAGGUUGGCAAAUUGCUCUGGAGCUGGUGGACCGAGGAACUGAAGGAUCUCAAGGAACGCGCGGAGAAGCAGGCCAAGGACCGGCCCGAGAACGAGGACGUCAAGGCGCGCUUGAAGAAGAUCAACGAGCGUAUCGCCGAGGGCGACGACCGCGCCGCGCCCCUGCGCGGCGGCAAGACGCUCCUCAUCGAGUUCUCGGUCGAGAAUGCGCAGGUCGUCAAGCGUCGUUCGGACAGGCAGAAGAAUCCCAAGCGGCCCGCUGCGGAUUCGGACGACGAGGAGGGCGAGACGCAGCAGAGUCCGGCCAAGAAGCCGAGGAUGGACAGGCGCGAUGGCGCAAAGGACGACAGGGAGAGGAAGGAGAGGAAGGGUCCCAAGAAGCCGAGAGGCAACAUGAACAAGGGACCCAAGGACGAGAAGAAGCGCAGCUCGGCCAAUUCCUCCGCCAAGGCCCAGAUCACUGGAACGCCAAAGGACGACAAGCUCGGGUCCAAGCUUGGAAGUCUGAUCGGUCGCAAGAGGAAGGCGCGCAAGGGCGGCAAAUCAUCUACUGGUUGCUUAUCUACUUCUGAAUUACCUGCCUCGCACAAUGCGGAGCAGCGUUACUGA